AACCUUUGAUAUUCAAUUCUGUUGUAUUGUACAAGACAAAAUGACUGUUGUUACUCUUCCCGAACCCUUUGCUAGCAUCCCCCGAGAGAACUUUCUCUUCGGCGCAUCGCCUCUCCAGCCCCUCCCCAGAAUAUCCGCUGCUCUCGGCGGAAAGGUCAAUGUCUAUGCGAAGCGCGAGGACUGCAAUUCCGGUCUCGCCUACGGUGGUAACAAAGUCCGAAAGCUAGAGUACCUCGCUGCUGAAGCGCAAGCCCAAGGCUGUGAUACCCUCGUCUCCAUCGGCGGCGUCCAAUCCAACCACACCCGCGCCGUAACCGCCGUCGCUACAAAGCUCGGUCUCAAAGCCGCCACCGUCCAAGAACACUGGGUUGAUUGGGAAGACCCUGGCUAUGAAAAGGUCGGCAACAUUCAGCUCUCGCGACUCAUGGGCGGUGAUGUGAGACUUGAUCCUUCGACAUUCGGUAUCGAGCACAAGACAACGCUUGCCAAGCUCACAGAUGAGCUUAAGAGCAACGGUCGCAAGCCCUACUAUAUCCCCGCUGGAGCUUCAGACCAUCCCCUUGGUGGUCUAGGUUUCGCGCGGUGGGCAUUUGAAGUUGAAGCCCAAGAGAAGGAAUUGGGAAUCUUCUUCGACACCAUCAUCGUAUGCGCCGUAACAGGCUCUACAUUCGCCGGCAUGAUCGCCGGAUUCAAACUCGCCCAAAAGAACGGUUCUCCCGCGCGCAAAAUCAUCGGCAUCGACGCCUCUGGCAAAGUGCAACAAACAUUCGACCAAGUCCUGCGCAUCGCCAAAAACACAGCUGCCAAGAUCGGUCUCAGCGAGGACGACAUCACGGCGGACGAUGUGAUCCUCGACCCCAACUACAACGCCAAGAUCUACGGUAUUCCUGACGAGACUACCAUCGAGGCUAUGAAGUUUGGUGCUGCUACUGAGGCGUUCAUCACGGAUCCUGUGUAUGAGGUCAAUUCGCAAAAGAUACGAAGAAUGGGCGAUUCUCGAGACACCAAGGCAGCUGUUCUAUCUGCUCUAACAGACUUCUUCAGCAUCUCACCCAAGAGUCCAAAAGAUGCCCGCAACCACCUCCUCGAGACCUCUUACGUCAUACAGUCCACCCCAGACACUAUCGAGCAGACAACACUAGGAGAGCUAUUCCUUAGCGACACAAAGCAAAAGGGUCACCUCGAAUGGGCCAUAGAUGAACCUCAAGAACUCUUCAUCCAUGAGAAGCUUGCCGCAGCCUGGACCGGGUGGUCUAUCUGCGCCGAUGAUGGUACUAUCAUCAGCCACAAGAAGGGCAUCCUCGGAUUAGCUUACACCGAUGGACGCUGGAAGAUCUCAGGUCUAGCUUCAACAGAGCGCUCUUUGGAAACACCCGACCCAGAUGAUGAAUCAACCCUGACCCAAGAAAUCAUGAAACCCAUCAACGCUCUUCUAGAUGACUUCUCCCGCCCAGACUGGGACGUCCUCAAACAGUGGUUUCUUCCCAACGCUGGUGUAACGCUGUACAGACCACCUGCUGAGCCAGCACCUAUGACUAUGGAGCAGUCCAUCGUUCGUCUGCAGGGUAUGAUCAGGAGUGGUAUCACAAUCCAGGAAAGGCUUCAUGAUAUCCAGGUUAGAAAACACGGAGAUAUUGCGCUGGUCUGGGCGCCGUUUGUGGUUGAGAUUAAUGGGGUGCCUAAACAUGAUGGUGUUAAUGCUUUUACGCUUUUGAGAAGGGAGGGGAGAUGGGUUUUUAGUGGAUGUCAGGACUAUGGUGUUGCUCUUCAGUAAGGAAUGACUGCUGGGCUUGCUUCUCGUCAUAUGUCUGGGUUUGAUCUGGUGAAUAUCUGUGUGAAGGGUGAGGCUGGUCUAUUUAUUUGGUGCUCUGCCUGGAGGCGAUGAAUCAGAAAGACUGAAGCGGAUGCCUAGUGAUUUGCGACCGAUAGCGUUUCUGUCCGUUUUGUUUGAUAUCAGAUUUCUACACAGGUGAAAUAGUGUCUAAGCCAUAAUAAAUUUCUCUUGUCCUUUGGGAA